AAUGGCUUCAAAAGAGCCAGAUGGCUCGAAAGCUCGUGAAACCAGAGAAGCCAAAGAAUCAAUUCGUCAGCUUCUCUCGAAACUCGAAAUAGAUCAAGUUAUUGAGGUUAAGGAUUGGUUGGCCAAAUACGUGGAGAGCACACCAUCGAGCGAAAUUACAUUUAAUUAUGAAAAUGAGCAAAAAAAGAAAAUGAUGGACAGAGGAGCACGGAAACUUGACAGAAUAGCGGCCUAUUUGAGAGAUAAAGCUGUCGAUGUUCCGUCGAAAGCUCCGAGCAAGUUGAGAUGGCCUACUGAAGGAUUUGAUAGCGAUUGUACUGAGCUGAAUACGUGCGAAGUCGACUCAUUUCUCUAUGAAGAUGAUGACGUGGAAGAGUUGGUGGAACGAGAUGAGCUCAGCCGUACGUACUGUCCGGUUUGCAGUUCGAGGGAUACUGUACCUCUAAACUUCAUUAGUCACAGUUUGAGCCGUCUUCAAGUCAAAUUCCUUUUUGAUCUACUUAUGCCGCCAACAUGCCAACACGUACUGGACAUUGGGAGCAGAUUAGGAGCUAUUGUUUAUGGAGCAUCGAUUUUUACAAACGGAAAUGUGAGCACAAUCGGCGUUGAAAUGGACUCGGACUAUGCUGCUCUCGCGUUACGGACUAUUCGUCAAUUCGGAUUAAAGAACAUUGAAAUCCUGCGCGACGAUAUCCGCCACCUCGCCCACGUCUUCAAGGAUAAUCAAUUCAUCGUGAUGAACAAUGUCUUCUCGUUCUUCCUAUCAAAAACCGAACAAGAAGAGUGCUGGGAGUUCCUACAUACUCAUAUGCGCCCUGGAACAGUACUCGCUCAUCAUCCACCAAUCGAAAAAAUCACGGAACACUUGGAUCUCUCAUUCGACAUUGAGGACUGGCUUGAAUUUGUGAAUACCACAACUGAAUGUCUCGAAUAUGGAGCCAAUGAUUCGGAAAUCUAUGAGGAAAUGGCAUCGAUUUGCAAGUAUAUUGUACGGGAUUCGAGAGCUCACGGGGACUCGGUUCCAGAGUGAUUUUUGUUGUUCGCCAAUUUUAUGAUUGUUUCUUGUUGUUAAGUUUUCUAAAAAAUAAAUUCUUUGAUUUU